AUGGAACAAUUUAACAAGUCAGUCUCCCAUAGGAUCAUCGACGGCAGCGAGGUUCUGCAUUUGCGGAGUAGUCUUGAUGCGUGGUGGAAUGACAUUGGUCUGGACUGCGAGGCAGAUACUGAAACACCUAAAGCCCCUCUUGAUCCUCGUCGUCAAAUGUCUACCCUAUUUACCUGCUUGUAUCAUUCUCAAAUUGUCAAUCUGAACCGACCAGCUCUUUCACUACCCCCUUCACAAAUCCAACAUGAUCAUGCUCUACAGGCUGCUAUAGGAUCCGUUCGAAUCAUAUGUUCAACCCUAUCGAACUCUUUCUUUAAAAACAACGAUAAUUUGUAUUGGCCUGGGUACGUGGACAUGGUGUUUCUGGGGAGCUUGAUUUUGGUCUAUGGAGCCAGGAGAGAACGGGCUCGUAAUGGUCCAGCCACAUGGCUCAUACGGGAUCUCCGUCGAGCGUUGAGCAUUCUAGAGCAUUUCGCCAAACGAUGGCCGAAGUCGGAGAAGUUUAGUAGAGUUGUACGAGCCUUAAUUGAGCGAGAAGAUCCUGCACACGCGGGGAACCACACCACUUCGGCAGGCAUGAUGUCUAGCGUAGAUGAAAAUUUGGUGAUUCCAACUACGGAAGAACCGACUUUCGACUUUGCGGAUUGUUUUCACUUCGACUUUGAUACGUUUGCACUAGAACCGGAAUCUACAUGGGCGUAUCAUGUCUCAAUGCCUCCGUCUCCUAUGCUGUAG